UAUACUGUUAAAUAACAAGCCUUCUAUUAUCUAUAUUCUUUCUAGUUAAUACGUGUGCUUGGGAGUCCUUGCAAUUUGAAUAAACCAAGAUCUUACCAUGACUGCAAUUUUAGAGAGACGCGAAAGUACAAGCCUGUGGGGUCGCUUCUGCAACUGGAUAACUAGCACCGAAAACCGUCUUUACAUCGGAUGGUUCGGUGUUUUGAUGAUCCCUACCUUAUUGACCGCAACUUCCGUAUUUAUUAUCGCCUUCAUCGCUGCUCCUCCAGUAGAUAUUGAUGGUAUUCGUGAGCCUGUUUCUGGUUCUUUACUUUAUGGAAACAAUAUUAUUUCUGGUGCUAUUAUUCCUACUUCUGCGGCGAUCGGAUUGCAUUUUUACCCAAUUUGGGAAGCUGCAUCUGUUGAUGAAUGGUUAUACAAUGGCGGUCCUUAUGAGCUAAUUGUUCUACACUUCUUACUUGGUGUAGCUUGUUAUAUGGGUCGUGAGUGGGAACUUAGUUUCCGUCUGGGUAUGCGCCCUUGGAUUGCUGUUGCAUAUUCAGCUCCUGUUGCAGCUGCUACUGCUGUUUUCUUGAUUUAUCCUAUUGGUCAAGGAAGUUUCUCUGAUGGUAUGCCUUUAGGAAUAUCUGGUACUUUCAACUUUAUGAUUGUAUUCCAGGCGGAGCACAACAUCCUUAUGCAUCCAUUUCACAUGUUAGGUGUAGCUGGUGUAUUCGGCGGUUCCCUAUUCAGUGCUAUGCAUGGUUCCUUGGUAACCUCUAGUUUGAUCAGGGAAACCACUGAAAAUGAGUCUGCUAAUGAGGGUUACAAAUUUGGUCAAGAAGAAGAGACUUAUAACAUUGUGGCUGCUCACGGUUAUUUUGGUCGAUUAAUCUUCCAAUAUGCUAGUUUCAACAACUCUCGUUCUUUACACUUCUUCUUGGCUGCUUGGCCUGUAGUAGGGAUCUGGUUCACUGCUUUAGGUAUUAGUACUAUGGCAUUCAACCUAAAUGGAUUCAAUUUCAACCAAUCUGUAGUUGAUAGUCAAGGUCGCGUUAUUAAUACUUGGGCUGAUAUCAUCAACCGUGCUAAUCUUGGUAUGGAAGUAAUGCACGAACGUAAUGCUCACAACUUCCCUCUAGACCUAGCUGCUCUUGAAGUUCCAUCUCUUAAUGGAUAAGGUUUUUCUACUAACAUAUAGGAAUUUUUGAAAGAAGGAAAGCCAGAAAUACCCAAUAUCUUGUUCCAACAGGAUAUUGGGUAUUUCUUUGUUUA